AUGGCGUUUGUAGCCGCCGUGGACGCUGAGGCGGUGCGUUUGCGGUGUCGUCGGUGCUCCGGCGGGUCGGUGGCGGAGGACUGUGAUCCUCUGGUGAGUCACCCGGUCGCGUGGCGCCCCCGUGCGGCGCUUCGAAGCACGACCAAGACCUCAGAAAGUUCCAAGAUGGCUCCCUAUAGCAACCAGACUCCCCUGCCUGGCAACACUCUGACGCCAAACACCGCAGCGCACCGACGGGCCCGAGACAGAGAGAGAUUCUGCUCUGUCAGCUCCAGAUUAUUUCCCAAGAGGAACAACAUGAUGCUGGGGGAGAAACUAAAGGAGCGCUGCGACGAGGACGUGAUCAACGAACUGUGUUUGGCAAAUGGAGUGUCUUAUGAAAAAAUCGCCCAAGAAGGAGCCUACAUCACCUCCCUGGAGAUCUUCUUCUCUGGUUUCCCCCGCAUGGUUGGCCUUUCUUUCUUCCCAAGGCUCACCCAGCUCACCAUCGUGGGCCAGGACAUUAAUCUGAUAGAAGGUCUGGGGUGUUGUCCUCUCCUCCGAGAGCUCUGGGUCACCCAGUGUCAUCUGACAGAAAUAUCUGGACUAGAGAACUGUGCAAAACUGGAGAAACUCUAUCUUUAUGACAAUGAAAUCUGUGAAAUCAAGAAUCUAGAAAUGCAGAUCAACCUAGAAAUCCUGUGGCUCAACAACAACUCCAUAAGCCACAUACAGGGCCUGAACACGCUUCAAAACCUCAAAGAACUGAACCUUGCAGACAACAUUAUUGAAGAGAUUGGGCAUAGCCUUGAUCCUAAUGUCGGCCUUCAAAAUCUUAAUCUGUCCGGGAACGAGAUCCGCUCUUUUAAGGAGCUGACCCUGCUAGCCGGCUUACCCCAUCUGAGAGAGCUAGCACUGAGGGACGCCACGUCAACCCCAAACCCAGUGUGUCGGCUGUGUAACUAUGCAACACACAUUCUGUACCACAUGCCUGGCCUCCAGCGACUCGACACCUACGACGUCUCGAGCAAGCAAGUCAAGGAAGCUGCUGAGUCAACAGUCUUGAAGAAAAUGAUGUACUACAACAUGCGAGUACACACUGCUCAAAGGAACCUGGAAGAGACUCGGUUAAGUCUGAUCGAGAGGAAGAAAUCUCUGCUGCUGUUGCCUGAGGAAUGUGUCAGGACACUAAGUCAUUCCCUCAAAAAUCUUGAACGUGAGCUCUCCAAGGUGCUUACAAGUCGUAAGAAGUCUGCCUGCAAAUUGGACGACGCACCAGGAGGACCCACCCACUUAGUGGAUGGUUCAUCCAACAGAUGGGAUCCAACCACUGACGUCAGCUGUGAUCCCACCAUGGAGCCAAAAAUACUCAUCAAGAUGAAAGCACUGAGGGAGAGACUGACACUGUGGAUGAAACGGCUGACCGAGAUUGAAGCCUGUCAUGAGAGAGAGUUGGCUCAAGCCACACACAUGAUGGGAUACACAGUCCAGUUUCUGCUGAUGGAGCUUGAAAGUGUUGGAAACAUUCGAUUAGAGGAGGGCAGCUCCACAGACCCUUGGUUUAAUUCCUCUUGCGACCUCAUCCGUUCCCGCUUCUCACACUCAGACAUCAGUGUUCACGGCAUCACCGGCAUUAAGGUUGAUAGAGUUAUCCGCAUCUUCAACAGCGCCUUGAGGUAUCGCUUUGAGGACAAACUUCAAAACCUGCUAGUCAGCGAAGACACUCCUAUCCAUUCACAAAUCUACAGAAAUCGGCUGGAUCACUUGUUCUACGCACCUGACCCGGAAAAAGACUGUGCAAUGGAAGAAAUUUUGUGCAUUUUGGAGCAGGGCUUUAAAUCGGCAGGACACUAUAAGACCUUUGGGAAAGAGUGUGGCAUACCGUUAUCCAACAGCCUGAGUGUGACUGAAGAGCCCAGAAUCGAACACACCCUGCGACAGGCCAGCCAACAUGACUCCAAGUACAGUGAUCCAGUCCCAUUCAGGCACGGUCAGAUUAUUAUUUCCAAAGUGUACGUGGGUCACAGCAUCCCUCUCCGAGAGGAAAGUCCAGUUGACAAAAACAGCCUUCGUAGAGUCUGCUCCGUAUAUCGCAAUGUGGACACUAAGCUCAGAUCUGCAUCGAGCGAUGAAAGACCUCGCUCCUCCAAAACACACACUGGUCCUGAGUGCAGCCCCAGGCGGAGACAGUGGUUUGUGUUUGACCAUGAACUCGUCUUGCCUAAGUACCUUGUAUAUUUUCAAUAUGUAACUAGGAAACAAGAACAACCGGCAUCGCCAGAACACAACAAAGACAGAAUCAUUCUGGACAAGCAAGUCCUCAACAUGGAGCCUGUGCUUAAACAGCAGCCUAAGUUGAUGAGCUUGGAUGACAAAAUUCUGCUUAAUGUGGCCAGAGCUAACGUCCUGAGUCAGAUCACUGUACUGAACCUUCAUGGGAACAGUCUGAGCAAGAUAAAGGAGAUUUCCUGCCUCACGGCUCUGCGGCAUCUCACCAUCAGCUUCAAUGAGUUCACACGCCUCAGUGACAUUUCUCACAUGCCUUACCUUGAGUCUUUGGAUGCGAGCUUCAACCACCUGGUGACCCUCGAGGGGCUGAGGGGGCUGGGACAACUCAAGCAGCUCGAUGUGCGGUGGAACCAGUUGACCAAAGCCGGACAAGAUGCUGCAGUUUUAAGGAAACACACACCUGCUCUUCUGAAGCUUGACACCAGAUACAACCCUUGGAAGAGUCUGGAGACGGCCAGAAGGACCAUACUGGGACGUCUAAAAACACUCACACACCUUGAUGAUCUGAUGGUCACAGAGGAGGAGGCUGCUGAUGCUGUUGCCAUGGCUGCAGAUUCCAAAAUUAACCAGGCAUCUCUUCUGGCUCACUCGCGCACUAAUACUGAUCGUCCCCGAAGUCUCAGCCUGCUAUCGACAGCUCAGCUCGUCUGCCUUCUCAAUCCAGCACCCUGGGGGCUCAGCCAGCAGCUGCAGCCGGACUGGACCGCAAUGCUCACAGCCCUGAACCUUGACAGCCAGAGGAUUUCCAAGCUGAUUAAUCUGAAUAAACUGGUGAACCUGCGCUGGGCCUCCUUCAAUGACAACGACAUCUCUAAAGUGGAGGGCCUGGAGAGUUGCCUGAAGCUGGAGGAGCUUUCCCUGAACAACAACUGCAUCAGCACUUUCAGUGGCCUGUCAAAACUGCUUUGCCUAAAUAAACUGAGUAUGGACGGGAAUCAGCUCUCUAGGCUGGAUGUUUCAGUCCUUGAUCAGCUGCCCAACCUGACCUUUCUGUCUGUGGAGAACAACUGCAUCAGUUCCCUGUAUGGCAUCCAGAGGGUCAGCUCCCUGCUUGAACUCUAUAUUGCCAACAACCAGAUCUCUUCAUCACGAGACAUCUACUAUCUAAAGGGACUGUCCAACCUCAUCAUUCUGGAUCUUUAUGGGAAUCCUCUAGUGGAGAAACUAGAGUACUAUCGGAUAUAUGUGGUGUUCCACGUAUCCUCGCUGAAAGCUCUGGACGGGAUUGCAGUCGAAGUUCUUGAGUCUGAAAGUGCAAAGGACAUGUUUGGAGGAAGACUCACCUCGGACAUGGUGGCAGAGAAGCUGGGCCACUCUAACUUCUCAGACAUCACCUACCUCACCCUGCAGUCCUGCUCCAUUAGGAGUGUUGACCUCUCUCCAGUAGACAUAUUCAUUGGCCUGCGCAGUGUCAACUUGGACCACAACAACCUCACCUCUUUUUCAGGCCUCGUUUACCUGCCGAACAUCAAAGCUCUGUGUCUGAACAACAACCACAUCGAGUCCAUUCUACCAAGGCAGCGGACUCAGGCUCAUCUGACAAACAGACAGAUCCUCCACAGCAAAGUGCACUCCAGUGGUUACGGUCAGCAGAGUUCAUCCAAAGGCAGCAGGGAAACUGGGCCCACUGGCAGCCGGGAGCCACUGAUGGGCAGCCUGGAGGUGCUGCAUUUGAGUCACAAUGGAAUCUCCAGUUUGGCCAAUCUGCAGCUCAGCAGGCUCACCAAUCUUAAAGCCCUUUUCCUUCAAGGUAAUGACAUCAGCCAGGUGGAAGGGUUGGAGGGGCUACGCCAUCUCAGAGAACUGGUCCUAGACAGGAACCGCAUCAAAUCUCUGGCCGAGAACUCUUUCAUCGCCCAGAAUGUUCUGCUGGAGCUGCGCCUACAAGAGAACCGCAUCCGGGAGCUCAACCAUCUGGAUCCUUUGACCGAGCUCCGCAAGCUGUUUCUUGGCAUGAACAAGCUGCAGGAUGUCACUGAGCUCGACAAACUAGAGGUUCUUCCAUCGCUGACAGAGCUCUCAGUGGUUGGAAAUCCUGUGGCCCGCAAGUCUCUGCACAGAGCCCCAGUGGUGCUUCAUCUGUCCCAGCUGCAGGUCCUGGAUGGAGUGAUGGUUACUCUGGAGGAAAGGACCAGGGCUGAGCUCCUCAGUUGUGAUCCAUCAUACCCUGGAGCCUCUCUCCCCCCCACUGAUUUAAACCUACCUGGACUGCUGCCCCUCGUGCCCCGACACCCCUCUCUACGAGGAAUAAGUAUAAGUGGAGGACCGCAGACUGUCAUGCUUGGGCACGAUAUCCAGACUAAUAACACGGAUGAAGCCCCGUCUCAUCAAACAUACAAGUACAAGAGGCGAAAGCAGAGUUAUCCUGCUCGAAGCACCCAAACUGACAUUACCUUCAGACACAUCAGAGGAACAAGAAGCACCCUGCCAACCACAAGUCUACUGUCAGAUGGGAAUAGACUUUUUGACCCGUAUAACAACCAGGAGCAAGAAAGCAGAUUCCCAAAUGGUGGUAAACCUCCAUCCAUGUAGCAUCCAGAGGAGGUAAAAGCCUGGAACAACCAUGAUAGACUGUGAUUGCUAGCAUGGAAUGCAGGGCAUUGUGUUUUUAUAAGUUUUCUUUUUUUUCUACAUGCCUUUAUACAGUAUAUUGAACUAGAGUGGCAAACAAUAGAGUGCUUAUCUUCGUCAAUGCCAUACAGUCCGGUUAUGAAACCACAUUUAAUUCACUCACUUCACUGGAUCUGGAUUUGAUUUGAAUCUGUGCUUAAUUGGACACACACAUAAAUAUCAGACCUCUAAACAUGCCUGAUUUGUUUCCUUGCUCCUCCACCUCAGCCACAUCCACACAAAAAUGGAAUGAGUUCCUGCCUGACUCCUACUACAUCCGCCCACCGAGGUUUGUGUUAAUCCAUCCAGGAGUUUUUUUGAGAACAUAACCUCCUUGGUGGAGGUAAUGAGGACAUGGUCUUUGGAAAAGGCAAUACAGAACUUUCUAUGAACUUCAAACCAAAUGCAAUUUACGUGUUAAUAAAUCGUCUUUGCUGUUUGUUUAAAACAAAGCUUCCUUUAGCUUAAACACAAUGACACUACUUGAAAGGAACGUGUAUUGCACUCCUUUCCAAACGCAUUUAUAAGGACCGAUUUUAAUUUCCCUCCAUGCAAAUGGAUCUCUAACCAUGGUAAUCUGAGGAUGAGAGGUUUUGGCGUCAGUUCCACCGCCAUCCAGUCCUUGGCCCCAAACGAGUAAAAAAAACACCCACAGAUGUAUGGGCGUGUGAGGCUGGCAUGCUGUGUCCAUCAGGUCAAACGCAUCCCCAACAAGUGGGAUAAUCCGGCUUUAGCACACCUCUCUGUGGACAAUAAUCUGCAGUCACUCAGAUAAAGAUGUUAUCUUGAAUGAGGUCCAAAUGGAUUUCAGAGAACUGUCAGUUUCAUCACGUUAGCCUAUUUUCAGAAAGCUCACCGUAGUUUCGCCGGUAAUAGAGAAAUCUUGUGUGUUGUAACUGCAAAUAAACUUCCUACGUUUGAUAUGUAUGAUGUUCAUUCUGAUGCUGGACAUGAGAACGUAAUCCUCCCUGUCUUUCUGUCAGUUUAGCCCAGUGGGCCUUUAGUUAACUGUCUGAGCUUUACAUGUGGAGGAGGCAGUCUAUAUGAAGUGAUAUGAAACCCUUACAUUCUGGGAGAAGAGAUUUAAACAGGAUAUCUUCUCCCCUACAUUACCUUCGGCAUAAAUAAAAUGAUGCAGAGAACGAUGAGGAACUCUGUUGCAUAAUUAAAGAAUAUCUAGUAAAGUUAAAUUAUUAUUUAUUUUACUUUAGACCUGUGGUUUUUCAUAGCAUGUGCUCAAUAGAAAAGAUAAAACAGAGUCAAGACUUGGGGAAGAUGUGGCCCUGCAAAACCCAAAGGCUUGGGCAGCAACAUUUCCCUCCUCCAACCCCAGCUUUGGAGUUUAUGCUUUUGUGACCUCAGUGCGACCACUAGGUGUCCUUAGAGAUCCAUUAGCUCUCCCUCUAAGACUCAAUCAGUCCUGAAUGAAUUCACCACCUGCCUGUGCUGCAGGUAGUCCUUUCUCAGCAGAGGAGGGACACAUGCAUGUGGAUGCCACAGAUUUGUGUUUGCAGAACAUGUGAGGCAGCUUGCAGCAGCAAAAGUGAAAAGCUCUCCCCAAACAAGCUCCUCUAAUGCAUGUACUUAACUUCACUUAAUUUGUGUUAAUUCCCAGCACUAAGCAGGGCUAAUGACAGUGCAAGUGAGUGCACUGUCAUUACUGUGCUCUGCCUGACAUCAAAUGGCAGCUGAUGGACUCACACUAGAAAAAAAGACACUCUAAUGCACAGAUUUUGGGGCUCAGUGCGAGUACUCUAAUGCUUUAGGUAUUGCGAAGGAUAAUUACACAUAUUUGUGUACAGGGUGUGCUGUAUGGAUAUGCCAGAAGUGUGUUUGUCAGAAGCUGUUCAAUGCAAAUGUAUAUCCGCAUGUGUUGUAAGCUUAUAGCGAGCAUACCACUUCAUACAGUAUGUUUCUCUUUGCAUAUCUGUCCGUAUUUUUAAAAUUAAAAUGACAUUAGCAUAAAGAUUGUGAAUUAUUCAUCAGUUCUGAGUGAACCCAGAUGCACCUCUCUUUCCCGCUCUCUCUCUCUCUCUCUCGCUCUCUCUCUCUCUCCCCCUCUCCUCCCCCCGCUUCUCCAUGUGAGUAGACCACAUGGUUUGUAGCUGGUUUAAUGGGAUGGAAUGUGACAGGUUAUGUUUUCAUCUGCCUGAUAUGGAGCCCGACUCAGGCGGGAGGGAGGAAGAGACAGACGGAGAGAGGGAUGGAGAGGGGGCAGACAGAGUUGGUCUCCACAGUUGUAUUUGGGAAUCAUACUUUGACAUGUUUGUGCUUGUUGAGAAUCAGUUAUAGAUGAUACCCCUCCCCGCCAGCACACAAACACACACACACACAUGCACAUGCUCAGUAUGGGGCCAUUAUUGCAGGUCCACUAGCUCCCUACAUUUGCUGUGUCUGUGCAUUCAGAGCACCAUUAGUCCAAGACUCUGUGAAUAAUUGCUGAAUGGACCAUGUUUUCACUGCUAUCUACUCAGGUUCCAGUGUUGGGGGUUGAUGUGGGGGUGAAGUGAGAGGGAUGAGGAAACUGAUUGAUGUUUGAUCCCGACAGAUAAUGCUGCAUCUUGUACAAUGUUUAUCCAAGCAUCAUGCACAGUAUGCCCGAUGCAUGAACGCCAUUAAACUCCAUACGCAUUGCACAUUUACCAGCUUCUAUUAACUUUAGAAGUGCUUCCCAACGGAGCUUACAAUUGCACCAUCAAUUGAUUUGGAAGUGAUGUUAUAAAAAUUAAAUCACUCCAAAUUUGCCUGCUGUAGGCAGCCAUAAAAACAUAAAUUGUUUAGUUUUCAAAGGUGCUAUAUUGCCCCGAGUUCAUUUUUCAUCCUCUGUUCAGGAGCAGUGUUGCCUUAUUGCUCGUCCUGAGAUCUGUUAUUGAGUUAUCAUUGCUGCUUGUCGUUUUCCUGUAAAUUGUUUCCCAUGAGGUUUUAGAUUUAGAUUAAAGAGCGAAUGGAGUGAGAGCAAAAAUACAGAUAAAAGAAUGGAGUGAGCAUGACAAUUUGAUUGAAAAAAAGCUUUUAUUUUGUGGAAACAUUUUAGUUUGUAGAGCACGUCUCACAGAAGCAAUAAAUCUUGACUGCUGCUCAUUUCUGGA